UGGAGUGAUAAAUGAGCAUAAAAAGCAAAAUAAUGACAAGGGGGUGAUUUCUGGAAGACUUACUGCCAAAAAAUUACAGGAUUUAUACAUGGCUUUACAAGCAUUUUCAUUUAAGACCAAGGACAUUGAAGAUGCCAUGACUAACACACUCUUACAGGGAGGUGAUCUCCAUUCUGCCUUGGAUUGGCUCUGUUUAAAUCUUUCAGAUGAUGCACUUCCUGAAGGAUUCAGUCAAGAAUUUGAAGAACAGCAACCUAAAAGUAGGCCAAAAUUCCAGUCUCCUCAAACACCAGCCACUGUUUCACCUCCAUUGCAGCCUAAAACCAAAACACCAGAAGAUACUAAGAUUAAGAAUGAAAGGUACUUGCACCUUGCAGCAAAACUUCUGGAUGCAAAGGAGCAAGCAGCUACCUUUAAACUAGAAAAAAACAAGCAAGGCCAAAAAGAGGCUCAAGAAAAAAUAAGGAAAUUUCAAAGAGAGAAAAAGAAGGAACCUCAUGAUGUAAGAAAUUUUGACUAUACAGCUCGAAGCUGGACUGGAAAAUCUCCCAAACAAUUUCUGAUCGAUUGGGUCAGGAAGAAUCUUCCCAAGAGUCCAAAUCCUUCUUUUGAAAAAGUUCCAGUAGGUAGAUACUGGAAAUGUAGGGUAAAGGUAAUCAAAUCUGAAGACGAUGUACUGGUAGCGUGCCCUACAAUCCUAACAGAAGAUGGCAUGCAAGCUCAGCACCUGGGAGCAACUCUAGCUCUCUAUCGUUUAGUGAAAGGGCAGUCAGUGCAUCAGUUACUUCCUCCCACUUACCGAGAUGUUUGGCUGGAGUGGAGUGAUGCAGAAAAGAAAAAGGAAGAAUUAAAUAAAAUGGAAACCAAUAAACCCCGUGAUGUGUUUGUUGCCAAACUUCUGAACAGAUUGAAGCAGCAGCAGCAGCAGCAGCAGCAGCAUUCUGGAAACAAGCGUGGAAACUCUGAAGAUCCUGAGGAAUCUUGGGAAAAUUUAGUUUCUGAUGAAGAUUUUUCUGCACUGUCCUUGGAUGCAGAAAAGGCAGAAGAUUUGGAACCUGCUCGAACCCUGUUUAGAAAGUUACAAAGCACACCGAAGUACCAGAGACUUCUAAAGGAAAGGCAGCAGUUACCUGUGUUCAAACAUAGGAAUUCAAUCGUUGAAACGCUUAAAAGGCACCGGGUAGUGGUUGUGGCAGGUGAAACAGGGAGUGGCAAGAGUACUCAAGUACCACAUUUUCUGUUGGAAGAUUUGCUUCUAAAUGAGUGGGGAACGAGUAAGUGUAACAUUGUCUGCACUCAGCCCCGAAGAAUCUCAGCAGUGAGUUUAGCCACAAGAGUAUGUGACGAGUUGGGCUGUGAAAAUGGACCUGGAGGAAGGAAUUCUUUGUGUGGAUAUCAGAUCCGGAUGGAAUCUCGAGCUAGUGAAUCUACAAGGUUACUCUAUUGUACAACAGGGGUUUUGCUAAGGAAACUUCAAGAAGAUGGUCUCCUAACUAAUGUGUCUCAUGUUAUUGUAGACGAGGUUCAUGAAAGAAGUGUCCAGUCAGACUUCUUACUGAUUAUCUUGAAGGAAAUUUUACAGAAACGCUCUGAUCUGCACUUGAUUCUAAUGAGUGCCACUGUAGACAGUGAAAAGUUUUCUACGUAUUUCACACACUGCCCUAUUCUCAGAAUUUCAGGAAGAAGCUAUCCUGUUGAGGUUUUUCAUCUUGAAGAUAUAAUAGAAGAAACAGGCUUUGUACUGGAGAAAGACUCCGAAUACUGUCAGAAAUUUCUGGAGGAGGAAGAAGAAAUUACCAUUAAUGUUACAAGCAAAGCAGGGGGAAUAAAGUAUCAGGAAUAUAUACCAGUUCAUACUGGAUCAAGUGCUGAUUUAAAUCCAUUUUACCAAAAGUAUAGCAACCGCACUCAGCAUGCUAUUCUCUACAUGAAUCCUCAUAAAAUCAACCUUGAUCUCAUUUUGGAACUUCUUAUAUAUUUAGACAGAAGUCCCCAGUUCAGAAAUAUUGAAGGAGCAGUGUUGAUAUUUUUACCAGGACUUGCACAUAUUCAACAGUUAUAUGAUCUCCUAUCAACUGACAGAAGAUUUUUUUCUGAACGAUAUAAAGUGAUAGCUCUGCAUUCUAUUCUUUCAACUCAAGAUCAAGCUGCAGCAUUCACAGUUCCUCCUCCUGGAGUCAGGAAGAUUGUUUUAGCAACAAAUAUUGCAGAGACAGGUAUCACUAUUCCAGAUGUUGUAUUUGUAAUUGACACUGGAAGGACAAAAGAAAAUAAGUACCAUGAAAGCAGUCAGAUGAGUUCUUUGGUUGAGACGUCUGUCAGUAAAGCAAGUGCUCUGCAGCGCCAGGGGAGAGCGGGGAGGGUCCGAGACGGCUUCUGCUUCAGGAUGUACACCAGAGAAAGAUUUGAAGGCUUUAUGGACUAUUCUGUCCCUGAAAUCUUGCGUGUGCCUUUGGAGGAAUUAUGUCUUCAUAUUAUGAAAUGCAAUCUUGGUUCUCCUGAAGAUUUCCUCUCCAAAGCCUUAGAUCCUCCUCAGCUUCAAGUAAUCAGCAAUGCAAUGAAUUUACUCCGAAAAAUUGGAGCAUGUGAACUAAAUGAGCCUACACUGACUCCACUGGGCCAACACCUUGCAGCUCUGCCUGUGAAUGUCAAGAUUGGCAAGAUGCUUAUUUUUGGUGCCAUAUUUGGGUGCCUUGACCCAGUGGCAACACUAGCUGCAGUGAUGACCGAGAAGUCUCCUUUUACUACACCUAUUGGUCGGAAAGAUGAGGCAGAUCUUGCAAAAUCAGCUUUGGCUAUGGCCGAUUCAGACCACCUGACAAUCUACAACGCAUACCUAGGAUGGAAGAAAGCACGGCAAGAAGGCGGCUAUCGUUCUGAAAUAGCAUACUGCCGAAGGAACUUUCUUAAUAGAACAUCACUGUUAACCCUAGAGGACGUAAAGCAAGAGUUAAUCAAGUUGGUUAAGGCAGCAGGAUUUUCAUCAUCCACAACAUCUAAUGACUGGGAAGGGAACAGAGCCUCACAGACCCUUUCCUUCCAAGAAAUUGCCCUUCUUAAAGCUGUACUGGUCGCUGGACUAUAUGACAAUGUGGGGAAGAUAAUCUAUACAAAAUCAGUUGAUGUUACAGAAAAAUUGGCUUGCAUUGUGGAGACAGCCCAAGGCAAAGCACAAGUACAUCCAUCCUCGGUAAAUCGAGAUUUGCAAACUUAUGGAUGGCUCUUAUACCAGGAGAAGGUAAGGUAUACCCGAGUAUAUCUGAGGGAGACUACCCUAAUAAGUCCUUUUCCAGUUUUACUUUUUGGUGGUGAUAUCGAAGUUCAACACCGGGAACGUCUUCUUUCUAUUGAUGGCUGGAUCUCUUUUCAGGCCCCUGUAAAAAUAGCUGUCAUUUUCAAGCAGCUUAGAGUUCUCAUUGAUUCUGUUUUAAGAAAAAAGCUUGAAAAUCCUAAGAGGUCCCUUGAAAAUGACAAGAUUCUACAGAUCAUUACAGAACUGAUAAAAACAGAGAAUCAUAAUUGAAACUGAAAGUCAUGGUCAACUGCUUUAAAAAUAACGAUGAAGAUAUGGUCAUGAAAUUAUGUGAAAAUGGACCAUUGCAUUAAGUAUUUCAGUACUUAAAAUGUUGGUACUAGCCAUAAGUUAAAGGUGGUGGAAAAAAAGCACAUACUUUAAACUAAUGUGUAAUUUUCUAGUUCCUUUUUAAUGAUAAUUAUUUGCAAUGUAUUUACCACUACAUUUACAAUAAAUCCUUUGGUAUCAUCGA